CACUCACUUUUCCGUUUCUGUUGUGCUUUGGAGCGAGCGCGCGACGACGAUGGCUCUCGCUGCUCGUUUCUUCCUCUUCUCCUCCCCUCGCUCUCUCUCCUCCUCCGCUUCCGCUUCGCUCCCCCCUCUCCCCCGCUCCCCCACUCCCCACCUAGGGUUAGUGCUUCGCCGCUCCCGAUCCGACCGCCUCGAUCUCCCCGACGCCUCUCUCUUCUCCCACGGAUCAAUCUCCCAUGGCGGCGGAUCACUCCCUCGGAAGAUCCGCUGGAUUGGUCCUCAAUUUUCUGGCAAUUCGGCAGAAACAUUGGGAUCUUCCUCCUCGGAACCUGACGAGGAUACUGAUUCAGUUCCAAUGCCGAUAGUUUUGAUCGAUCAAGAUUCAGAUCCUGAUGCAACAAUCGUUCAGCUCAGUUUUGGGGACCGUCUAGGGGCACUACUUGAUACGCUGAAGAUACUUGACACGAUGAAAGCACUCACAGACCUGGGACUUCAUGUGACCAAGGGAUCUGUGACAGCUAAUGAAUUUGUUGUGCGGACAAAGUUUUUUAUCACGCAGAUGGGGCGAAAGAUUGUAGAUCCUGACAUAUUGGAAAGAAUUCGGCUUACCAUAAUCAGCAACCUGCUGAAGUAUCAUCCAGAAUCCAGUGAGAAGUUGGCAAUGGGUGAAAUAUUCGGAAUAAAGCCUCCAGUGAAGCUUGAUGUUGAACUUGCAACACACAUACAUCUGGAACAUGAUGGACCCAAAAGAAGCUUGCUUUACAUUGAGACAGCUGAUCGACCUGGACUACUGCUCGAGAUCAUCAAAGUUAUAACAGAUGUAAAUUUAGAUGUGGAAUCAGCUGAAAUAGACACCGAAGGUCUCAUAGCUAAGGAGAAGUUCCACGUGAGCUACAGAGGCGCGGCAUUGACCGACCCCUUAUCUCAGCUGCUGGUUAACUGUCUCCGCUAUUACCUCCGAAGGCCUGAAACGGAUGAAGGCAGCUACUGACACAGUACCUCAGCAAUUCAGUAACACAAAUGGAAGGAUCCAAGAAUUUUAAGCAGGUCAACUUCCAUUCUUCCCUUAAAGAAACUGAUUUCUGUAACUCCUUACCACGUAUCUCACCUUCUUACUUUUUACAACAUGUGUUCGAUUCGGAUUCUGAUCUUACCUAGUAACUCUCAAUUGUUGGACAUUGUUUACACCGAUUUAGGAGCUAGCUGAAAGGCUUUUGCCAUUGGCUGCUUCUGGAUGUAACAAUUGUUACAUUUCAAUUCAAUUGUUGGUAAAUGAUGGGCCAUAGUUUUAA